GGGCAGCGGUAGCUCAGAGAAGCUAGCCGAUGUAGCUAGCCCGUUAGCUUUGCGGAACAAAAUGCAUAUUAAGCCCUUUCCGUAUGCGGCGAAGACGCCUCAGUGAGCCCCCAUGUUUUCCGUGUGAAACGAGCACCGUUGGUUGAGGACUUCGGGGACAACCAAUGGAUAUUUCACUCGUUUUAAUGACCCAUAAAAUCAAAUUUCUCGGUCCCUGGAGCCUCAGCGGUCGAACAAGAGAGCACCGUUUGCGGAUGUGAGGGGGUACCGAGCGCUAUUUGGGGGGUGUAGCGGUUAGCUAACCUCCUUUACACCGGUGUUUUAUUUGACUUAACUGGAUGUAUCAGAUUACACCCAAAGGACAAAGUGGAAGUAUGGAGUUUUCUUAGCUCUUCUGCUCUUCAGCUGUUCUGCUCUGUGCAUCGCUGUUCCUGUUAUCAAGUCUUCUGUCACAGCUUCCAUCACCAACCAACCUUCCCAGUUCUCCUGUAGGACUUGCAGUGAUGGACUGGGCUACACCAGCCGCCAAGCUGAACCCCUACACCCGAGCCCGCAUGUCGGAGGCGUGGCAGCAGCACGCAGUUGCUCCACCUCCAGUCGUCCACAGCCUCCCGACAGGAUCUGAGAAUGCAUUAGGCUGUGCUGUGUAUGGGAUUGUACUGCAGCCAGAUGCACUGCAGCAACAGAGCCAGCACGGCCAGCAUAGCCAGCAGCACGGCAGUCAGCAGCAUGGAGGCGGGCAGCAUAGUCAGCAGCAGCAUGUCGCCCAGGUCCAGCAGACCUCACUACAAGUUGGGGCAGAGGGUGGACACAAGUGUGGAGUCUGUGGACACGAUAUCUCUCACCUGGCAAACCCGCAUGAACACCAGUGCAUGGUGAGUCAGGACAGGUCAUUUCAGUGCACGCAGUGCCUGAAGAUUUUCCACCAGGCGACAGACUUGCUAGAACAUCAGUGUGUUCAGGUGGAACAAAAGCCAUUUGUCUGUGGCGUGUGUAAGAUGGGGUUCUCGCUACUCACUUCUCUAGCCCAGCACCACUCCUCACAUAACAGCUCCAACCCAAUGAAAUGUUCAAUAUGUGAGAAGACCUACCGACCUGGCUCCUCUGGUAUUGCUUCAUCAAACUCAAACAACCCUCUGCAUGCCAGCAGUGAGAGGGCAUCGUCCAGCAGCAGCUCUUCCAUUCUACCAUUUCCAUCUGCAAGAGACCGACCGUACAAAUGCCCCAUUUGCCAGAAGGGCUUCAAACACCUGUCGGAGCUGACACGGCACGAGAGGGUGCACACAGGAGAGAAGCCCUUCAAAUGUGACACGUGUGACAAGGCCUUCAGCCAGUCAUCACACCUCCAGCACCAUCAGAAAACUCACAGCAACGAGCGGCCGUUCAAGUGUGCCGUUUGCGAAAAGAGUUUUAAGCACCGCUCUCACCUGGUGCGCCACAUGUUGGUGCACUCUGGUGAGCACUUGUUCAAAUGUAACUUGUGUGAGCUACAUUUCAAAGAGUCGUCAGAGCUUCUUCACCACCCCUGCCACCCGCAGGGAUCCCGUCCCUUUCGCUGUGCCGCGUGUGGCAAGGGGUUCAAGAGGCCGUCUGACCUUCGCCAACAUGAGCGCACGCACUCUGAGGAGCGUCCUUUCCACUGUGAUGAGUGUCAGAUGAGCUUCAGGCAGCAGUAUGCACUUGUGCGUCACAGACGCACACACAAAGACCCCACUGACCGGCCGUUCAAAUGCAAUCUGUGUGACAAGUGUUUCAUACAGCCGUCUCACCUCCUCUACCACCAGCACGUCCAUGGUAUGGACAACCUGUUCAAAUGCGCCUCGUGCCAGAAGGAGUUCAGUCAGUCAGGGGAGCUGCUCAGACACAAAUGUGGAGAGUCGCCCGUCAGCUCGCCAGACAAGCCAUACAAGUGUGACAUUUGUGGUAGAGGCUAUAAGAAGAGCUCCACGUUACAGCGCCAUCAAAACUCUCACUGCCAAGAGAAGCCCCUCAAGUGUUCGCUCUGCGACCGGCGCUUCCUCUCCUCGUCGGAAUUUGUUCAGCACCGUUGCGACCCGUCGCGGGAAAAGCCGCUCAAGUGCCCGGAUUGUGAAAGACGGUUCAAAUACAUUUCAGACAUGAACCGCCACGUGCGCACGCAUACGGGGGAGAAACCUUACAAGUGCGACCACUGCAACAAGGGCUUCAAACAGCGAGAGCACCUGACCAAACACUCCAGCACACACUCCAGAGAGGGCCAGUUUAAAUGUGUCUGGUGUGGAGAGCGAUUCAGUGACUUGGGUUCUUUGCAGGAUCACACGGUGCAGCACACAGCUGACGGAGGUUACUCUGUGUCCCAGUGCUUAUAAAUCCCUGAACAGACAGUUUCCUCACCUUCUUGCCCUCUUGUCUACCUUGUAGGCUGUUUGUCCAGCCUAACAUUCAUGACAUUUUCAGGACAGAUUAGGCUGUUACUGUUGCAUUCAUUCCCACUAGUUCGACAUCAGGUCUUUGUUGCUCCAAUUACCUGCUGCAGAACCUGACACUACUCUUGUCGUUUCAUCGAAAUCUUAAGUAGCACUGUUCCUCACUCUUCUUUUAUUUGCCCUCCUUUUUUUUACCCCAACAGUUGAUCGCAAUCAAGAACUCAACCCCCCCCCAACCAGCCAGUCAGAAUAACUGCCAAACAAAUCUGGCUAAUGCGAUGCCACAAUGCUGGAUUAUUAUCAAGCAAAGGCUUAAAUUCCCCCCAAAUGACGGAGUGAAAAUAAAAAAGUUAAAUCCGGUACCAUGCAUAAAACUGAAUAAGUAAAUACUCAACUGAACAUGCUGUAAACAGAGAUGUUUACCACCAUCUGUCAUGUGACAUGGACCUGAGUGAUAGCUGAGCUAAUCUGAUAAAUUUACUCGGAUGCAAAAAAGUUGGAUUAAGCCACCCAAAAACAUUAAGCCGUGUUUCCUACGAGUGGAACAGUUCGCUUUGGUAUAGUACGGUACAGAUUUUUAUGUGUUUCCAUUUGAAAUAAUACCAAAAUAACCAGCCCAAGCUGUUCCAUUCUUUGGUGCCCUUUGCUUGGCGUACCAGAGUGAAAUGCUAUGGUAUGGUUUAGAGUAGCUCCACCCACAACAGUCAGCUGAUUGGGUGACAGAAAAACGUCACUCCCUAUGCGAUCGGGGUAAAUACUUCAUGGAAAAACCAGCAGUCUAAAAAAGUCUAAAAACCAGGACUAACCCUAUUCUUGUACAAAGUUUGACGUCUCGUGGAGACGAACGGAGCAGUCGAAACACAAGCCUGACCCAGGGCUUUACCAUUCUAAACCGUACCAAACUG